AUGCGUCAAGUUCCUGCCAAUAGUGUGAUUUUGAACUACUUUGCUUUAUUGAAAUCUGCUAUAAUAGUUUCUCAACUACUAUGUUUUAUUGGAAAUAAAACUAUUUCAUUGUCUGGCAAACAAAUGAAACAACCCGUUCAGAGCAUUGGACAGGCAGCUGAAAAGUGGGCACAUGGCAGUGCCGGGGUGUCAUGUACGCAGGCAAGAAACACUAAGCAGGUGGGCACUCUGGCAGAGUUCACGGUGGCGGAAGAGCAUCUGUUGGCGUUGAAGCCCACCAAUUUGUCUUUCGAGGAAGCUAUGAGUUUAACACUUGCGAUCUUAACCGCACUGCAGGCAUUCGAUACAAUUGAUUUUCAAAAGGGACAGCGCGUUUUUAUUGUGGGAGGAGUAGGCUACGUCGGCACUCUGGCGAUUCAGCUGGCAAAGCAUGUUUUCGAAGCUUCUAGAAUUGUUUCGACUUGCAAUGCAAGGAAAGAGGAGUUUGUGAAAAGUCUGGAUUGUCAUUUGCUUGGGUUUUGGAUUUUUAUAGUCGCAGAAGGGUUUUCAGGUUAUAUUGCUUUGAAGUCAUUCAAUUUGGUUAAAAAUUUGAGGUACAGGAAGAAUGGCUUCGUUUUCCCGUCCCUUUUCAUGUUCUAA